CAGAGGCAGACACAGAUUUGCCUUCCACAUGCGUUUGGUUUCCAACAGCUCUUGUACAUUAAUGCUUUCCUCUAUGCCAUCCUACCAGAACUCAAUGACUGCAUGGAUCAUCACUGUUAACAGGCUGCUCAUUGUGAUUUGCAACAUCAGAGAUACUACUUUGCAAGGUUCUAAAAGAAAUUCUGCGCUGAUCUUUUAGCUUCUUGUCUGUGUUUGUCAUCGGAUCAUAUCUGACACUUUAUACAAAAAAACAAAAAAGGAUUUUAUUUUAUUUUUUUCAUGCAAGGAUUUACUGAAGUAGGAGCCUGAAGUCACUGGAGGCUGGUUGCUAGGCGCAUUAUUUGGGGGACACAGGGUCUAUCUCGCAGGAAAUAAAUGCGCUUCAAAGUGUUUCUGUAACUACUUGGCAGCCUUGUGCACCUCUGAAGUGGAGUUUUAUCCAGCUGUACCGAGGCCAUCCUAGUGCCUUCUCAUACCAUGGGGAAGGGUCUGGAAACAGCAAGCUGUAGUCUGGGACUGGGGUACAUCCUGCAAAUGUGUUUCCUACCUGCCCUGGCUUUACUGAGCGCCAGCAGCACCUUUGCAGCUCAAGAGUUUCCCAGAUCCAGUCUGCAAGACCCCCGAACUGGUCGGUUUUAUGAACAAAUAGAUGAUGAUUUCUUUCAUGAACUCCCAGAGACAUUUCCUUCAGAUCCACCAGAGCCUUUGCCCCAUUUUCUCAAUGAACCAGAAGAAGCCUACAUUGUGAAGAACAAACCAGUUAACUUGUACUGCAAAGCCAGCCCAGCUACACAGAUCUACUUCAAGUGUAACAGUGAAUGGGUCCAUCAGAAAGACCAUGUGGUGGAUGAACGAGUAGAUGAAACCUCAGGUCUCAUUGUCCGAGAAGUUAGCAUCGAAAUAUCACGGCAACAGGUGGAAGAACUUUUCGGAUUAGAAGACUAUUGGUGCCAGUGUGUUGCUUGGAGUUCUGCUGGCACGACCAAAAGCAGAAAAGCAUAUGUUCGGAUAGCUUAUCUGAGGAAGACGUUUGAGCAGGAACCUCUAGGGAAGGAAGUAUCCUUGGAACAAGAGGUCCUCCUACAGUGCCGACCCCCAGAAGGAAUCCCAGGAGCUGAGGUGGAGUGGUUAAAAAAUGAGGAUGUGAUUGAUCCUGCAGGGGAUCGCAAUUUUUACAUCACCAUUGAUCAUAAUCUCAUCAUUAAACAAGCAAGACUUUCAGACACUGCUAAUUAUACAUGUGUUGCCAAAAACAUUGUAGCCAGAAGAAGAAGUACCACAGCCACCGUCAUUGUUUAUGUAAAUGGUGGAUGGUCCACAUGGACAGAGUGGUCGACAUGCACUAAUCGCUGUGGAAAAGGAUACCAGAAGCGCACAAGGACAUGUACUAAUCCAACUCCACUGAAUGGAGGAUCUGUCUGCGAAGGUCAAAAUGUCCAGAAAAUGACCUGUACCACACUGUGCCCAGAGGAUGGUGAAUGGACAGGAUGGAGCAAGUGGUCUACUUGCGGCACAGAAUGUACACAUUGGCGCCGCAGAGACUGUUCCAACCCUGCGCCAAGAAAUGGGGGCAGAGACUGUGAAGGUCCCGUUCUUCAAUCAAAGAACUGCACUGAUGGAUUGUGUAUGCAAAGCCUGACAUACCCUAUUUCACCCAGAACCCAUGAACAGAAAACACAGAAAGAAUAUGGAUAUUCUUCUGCUCCGAGCUCGGACAAUGUAGCCUUGUACGUUGGCAUUGUGAUAGCUGUGAUUGUGUGCCUUGCCAUUUCGGUCAUUGUGGCAUUGUUUGUGUAUCGGAAGAAUCAUCGUGGAUUUGAGUCAGAUAUCAUUGACACUUCUGCACUUAAUGGAGGAUUUCAAGCUGUCAAUAUUAAAGCUGCCAGACAAGAUCUUCUUGGAGUUCCUCCUGACCUAACAUCUGCGGCUGCGAUGUACAGAGGACCUGUCUAUGCUCUUCAUGAUGUCUCUGAUAAGAUUCCAAUGACAAAUUCUCCUCUUCUUGACCCUCUUCCUAAUUUGAAAAUUAAAGUGUACAACUCUUCAGGAGCUGUCACGCCCCAAGAUGAUCUCUCUGACUAUUCUUCAAAGCUAUCGCCACAGAUUACACAAUCCCUACUGGAGAAUGACAUGUUAAAUAUGAAAAACCAAAGUCUUGCACGACAAACAGACCCAUCAUGCACUGCUUUUGGAACAUUCAAUUCACUUGGAGGACACCUAAUCAUUCCUAAUUCAGGAGUGAGUUUGCUGAUUCCUGCUGGGGCCGUUCCUCAGGGAAGAGUAUACGAAAUGUAUAUGACUGUGCACAGAAAGGAAAAUAUGAGGCCACCCAUAGAAGACAGCCAGACACUUCUGACUCCAGUAGUGAGCUGCGGUCCACCUGGAGCAUUGAUGACGCGACCUGUGAUUAUCACAAUGCACCACUGUGCGGAAACCAAUGCAGAAGAAUGGAAAAUCCAACUAAAGGAACAGUCUGGGCAAGGACAGUGGGAGAAUGUUGUGGUUGUUGGAGAGGAAAAUUUCACCACUCCUUGUUACAUCCAAUUGGAUUCAGAGGCCUGUCACAUACUCACAGAGACUCUAAGCACCUAUGCAUUGGUGGGACAGUCUACUAGCAAAUCAUCAGCCAAGAGACUUAAUUUAGCGAUAUUCGGACCAACAACCUGCACAUCUCUGGAAUACAGCAUUCGAGUUUAUUGCUUGGAUGAUACUCAGGAUGCACUUAAGGAAGUGAUACAACAGGAGAGGAAAGUAGGGGGUCAAUUGCUGGAUGAGCCCAAGACUCUUCACUUUAAAGGAAGUACUCAUAACCUGCGCCUGUCCAUCCAUGAUAUUGCGCACUCACUCUGGAAAAGCAAAUUGCUAGCUAAAUAUCAGGAAAUCCCAUUUUCUCAGAUCUGGAGUGGAUGCCAGAGGAACCUUCACUGCACCUUCACUCUGGAACGUUUCAGCCUUAGCACGGUGGAUCUAGCCUGCAAACUGUGUGUCCGACAGGUCGAAGGAGAAGGACAGAUCUUUCAGCUAAACUGUACUGCCUCAGAGGAGCCUAGCUGCAUCAUUGAUUUACCUCUCAUGGAUUCAGCAAGUACCAUUACGACCAUUGUAGGACCAAGUGCUUUCAGCAUUCCUCUGACUAUUCGGCAGAAACUCUGCAGCAGCCUCGAUGCCCCUCAGACUCGGGGACAUGACUGGAGGAUAUUGGCUCACAAGCUUAACUUAGACAGGUAUCUUAAUUACUUUGCUACGAAACCCAGUCCCACCGGAGUGAUCUUAGAUCUCUGGGAAUCCCAGAAUUAUCCUGAUGGAAGUCUCAGUACCCUGGCUGCGGUCUUGGAAGAAAUGGGCAGACAUGAAACUGUGGUAUCUUUGACAGCAGAAAAAAAAUACUGAAUGGUUCAGCCUUUCUGCUAAAUGAAACUGAGGAGCUCACCACCACAACAUCUUCAGAAAUUUGCAACAAGAUAAAAACAAAAAGGAACAUUCUACAUAAGAAUAAUGACCAAUGAGUUUCACUUGUUAUACUAAAAAAAAAAGACUUUGUUAGAAAUAUUUCUUGUAUAGGAACACAAAAAUUAAAAAGAGACAAAAAAAACAAACAAAGCUAACAAAAUACCAUGCAAAGCUGUAUCUUGAAUAUUAUACACCAACCUGAUCAUUCAGUGUGACUAUACAUGGCUAGGUACAGGAUUUUACAGUUUCCUAGGAAACGCAUAUUAUUGCUAUCCAGCUACAUGGAUAAACUUUCCUUACAAUCCCAGAUCCAAUGGACUUUGUUUACAUCCAAUAAUGGACAGGGAUUAUUGAUACUAUCCCAUGAUUAUUUAUAUUUUGUGUAAGCCAUUUGAGUGUAAAUGAUGUGCCCCUUGGGAGAAUAAGAAGAGAGAUUUUUUCCCCCAGAGAGAUUAUGGAGCACUGAUUACUACACCAAUCAUCAACUUACAUACCCCUCCCAUUUCCUGAUUCUCUGUACCAGAUCUCUGAAAUGCAGCUUAGUGUGUUCAUCUUGAACUACAAUAUUCUUAAGUAAGGGAUGGUCAAAACGUAAGCCAGAUUUCUAACUGUUGUAGCACGUCAAGGGACACUGUAGGCACUUUAACCAUUUUAUCUCAUUGAAUUGGUUAUAGUGCCUGGAGUCAAUUCCACUAUCCCUCCCUUCAGUGUUAAAUCAUUUUGUCAACACUGAUUGAAGAUACCUGGCCACUAAAAACUGUCCCCAGCUAGAGGUAUGUCUAAGGCAGAGAUAACAGACUUUUUUCUAGCCAUACCAAUUCAUACCAACAAUGGGACUUGUGAUAGGCUGAAAUUGGUCAUCUGACACGGUCUAUAAAUCACAAGCACGCAUUACUGCUCAAAGUAAUGCUUCCUCAUUAGCCCAAGCAGCAGAGACGGGCUGUUAAUCUUUAGCAUUAAAAUUUGAAAACAGAUUCAAACUGAAAGGAAAUAUACAUCAUGGGAAAUUUCGUUCCACAACAGCUAGUUUUCUAUCUUUCUGCCACCUCUAGUUUAAAUCUUAAGGUGGCAAAGAUUUAUCAGUUAACAUUAUUGGAAAGACCAGGGUUAUUUUUUUAUAAGUGAAAUCAUAAACCGAAAUCAUAACAAGAGUUGGAAUCAGAAAACAAAUUUAAUUUGGUGUCUUAAACAGACACAU